AUGACAUCCAGCGCAUUGCAUGAAGUGAUGCUGGAUGAGAAGGGAAUACGGAAUACUGAAAAUUUUGUUUCUGACGCCGCUGGACGAGGCCAUGCAGCAACAGACCGGUAUGGCCGUGCGCUUGUUGAGUUCGAUCGCCGUGCCGAGCGCCGUCUAUGCCUAAAAAUCGACUUAUAUAUCAUUCCGACAGUAGCAUUGUUGUAUUUGUUCUGUUUCAUCGAUCGAGCCAAUAUCGGAAAUGCGAAACUUGCGGGGCUUGAAAAAGAUCUCCGACUUGAAGGCAACGAUUACAACGCUGUUUUGUCCAUUUUCUACAUUUCUUAUAUUAUCUUUGAGAUUCCAUGUAACGUUGUGUACGAAGUGAGCUUGCUUUCCGCCUGGCUCUCUAUGUCGUUAUGGCACCACUCGCAGGUGCUUUUGGGAGGCCUGCUAGCGUCAGCGAUUCUGACUUUGGACCAUUUUGGCAGUUUGCGAGCCUGGAGGAUGAUUUUUGCGAUCGAGGGUAUCAUCACAAUUGGAUUGGGCCUGCUAGCCUUUCUCACCUUGACAGACCGCCCCGAGACAGCACGCUGGCUUACACAGGAAGAAAAGGAUUUGGCGAUUGCCCGGCUCAAGUCCGAGCGUAUUGCUACUACGGAGGUCUUGGACAAGAUAGAUCGAGCCAAGAUGCUGCGUGGUAUCUUUAGUCCCGUCACUCUAGGGACGUCAUUCAUAUUUCUCCUCAACAAUAUCACUGUUCAGGGCUUAGCUUUCUUCGCCCCGACUAUUGUUCGGACGAUUUAUCCUGACAGCAGUGUCGUUAGCCAGCAACUUCACACCGUUCCCCCUUAUGUUGUUGGAGCAUUCUUCACGGUGUUCUUCCCAUUCCUAAGUUGGCGUUUUGACAAUCGGGUGGUUUUCCUUGUUAUCGCACCUCCCUUGGUGAUGACGGGCUAUAUUAUGUUUUUAGCUAGCACCAACGCCAUGGUGCGCUAUGGAGCGACCUUCAUCAUCGCCAGUGGCGCUUUUUCCUUCGGGCCUCUUUGCAAUGCCCACGUCUCAAACAACGUGGUAUCGGACACAGCGCGCUCGGCCGCGAUCGGAACGAAUGUUAUGUUUGGCAACAUUGGGGGGCUUAUCUCGACAUGGUCAUUCUUGCAGUUCGACGCACCGAAUUACCAGAUCGGGAACGGCCUAAACCUGGCAACAUCGUCGUUGACUAUGAUCCUGGGUAUAUGCAUGUGGUUAUGGAUGAGAAGGGAUAAUAUGAAACGAGAGAAGACAGACGUUGACCAGGCCCUGGCGGGCAUGUCCCAGAAACAGAUCCAGGAUCUAGACUGGCGAAAUCCGGCGUUCCGAUGGCGGAAAUAG